CGCCGUUCCAAAAUCGGUAACUCAGCAAGUUGGUUUGACUUUAAGUUGCGUCGCUCACCACUUCCUGUUCUUAAACUCACCACCGUCGCUUGGUCGACGCGAUUACCCUCAACAUAUCUAUCGAAUACUUUAUUAGCUGAACUAAUACCCAGAAGCUACCUCACACACUAUUAUAUAACAGACCUUCCUAAUGACGAUGGACAGCCCGCCUCGCGCGCCACCCGUCAAGUACAAAACACCUCUUGGAACCCGCUGGCAAAAAGAGAAAGCUUCGGCUGAAGCUGGUGCAUUUGAGUACCCUGAGGAUGCCAAGUUCGUCGGUCCAUGGAUUAUCGGCGAGUGUGUCGGAAAAGGCGCCAGCGGGCACGUCAAAAUCGCCAAGCACCGUCGCACCGGUCAACUCGCCGCCGUCAAGAUCCUUCCCCUGCAGCCUUUCGUUUCAUCUAGAGCAUCGCUCGAGCUUCAAGCAAAAUCAGAAAAGCAACGCUUGGGCAUCGACAGAGAGAUUACUAUGAUGAAACUCAUGAAUCACCCGAAUAUCAUGCGUAUAUACGACGUGUACGAAGGAGACCGCCAGCUUUAUCUUAUCUUGGAGUACGUUGAGGGAGGUGAACUGUUCGAUUUUCUCGUUAACCGCGGCAAACUCGGACCUCUGGAAGCCCUGGGUUAUUUCAAGCAGAUCGUCUAUGGCUUGAACUAUGCUCAUACGUUUUCUAUCAUCCAUCGUGACCUCAAACCGGAGAACAUCUUAAUUCACUCUCUAAAUCCACCUCUAAUCAAAAUUGCUGACUGGGGUAUGGCUGCUUUCGCCCCUCCUUCUCUUCAACUGGAGACCAGCUGCGGAAGUCCCCACUAUGCUUCCCCCGAGAUCGUCAACGGCCACAAGUAUACCGGAACCGCCACUGAUAUCUGGAGCUGCGGUGUUAUAUUGUAUGCUCUUUUGACUGGUCGCCUUCCUUUUGACGACAAGAACGUCCGAACCCUCCUGGGCAAAGUCAAGAUGGGCAAGUAUGAUAUGCCUCCUUACCUGGAUCCUCUCGCAAAAGACCUACUCUCUCGUAUGCUUAUUGUCGACGUCAAUAAGCGGAUCACGAUGUCUGAGGUUCUUGCGCACCCUUGGCUCGAGGGACCUACUCCGGGAAUAUCCUAUGUUCCUGCGCCGUCUGUUACUGAGCUUGCACAGCCCCUACCUUCUGCCCUCCAUAUUGACCGUGAUCUUUUUGAGUCAUUGUGCGUCGUCUGGGGACGUCACGCCAAUCCUGAUGGCAUCAAGGUUGACCUACUUAGCCCUGCUGGUGAAGGCACUCUUGCCAAAGCCUUCUACUUCCUCUUGCUCAAGCACCGCGAGAAGGCUAUGGAAGAACAUGGCAUACUCAUGGAUGUCAACGAAGUUCUCAACUCGCCUGGGAAGGUUAUUACCAAGCAGUAUGCUGCCCCUCGCUCGCGAGCAACCAGGAUGCUGCGUCGGGAUAUCCAGAGCGCACCUGGAUCUACGCAUGUUUCUACGGCUCUCCAUCCUGCACUUCGCUCAAGUCGUCCUGCUCCUAUUCUGCCCUCCCGUACGCCUUCACCGAAGCCGCCUCCACUUCACAUCACAAUUCCGACCAUGGAGAAGAAUCCUUCACGACCUCACCUUCCAUCCCCUGUUGGCCCUCGCCCACAGAAGCCUCGUCCUCAAUCUUCUCCUGCUCCUCCUUCCUCGAAUCGGCCUCGUUUUCCUGGUUCUUCAAGUCGAAGUCAGAGCCACCAAGAGUCUUCUCAUGUUCACUCCGUUAUCGCUGGAUCUUCUCAUAGAAAUGCAUAUACCUCACUUCUGCCUCCCAUGCAUCGAGCCUCAACCUCCUCCGCUCCUGGUACCUUGCGGGUCCCGGACGAUUCUACCCGCGGCGAGUCUUCUUCUAACGUGAUCCAUGCUCCCACACCCGUUAUGGCUGCCCCUUCCACAGUUCUUCCGAUGAUCACGGCGCCUAGAGUUCGGGACGCAGAACUGCAGAAGACUAUUGACCAUUACGCGACUUUAGUAAACGUGCACGCCGCCAACUGGAACGCUGCUGUUACUCGCGAUGGCCAACCUGCGGCAACUCCUAGUGUUGAACAAGAUUCGAACUCUAAUUCUGAUGUUGUGAUGGCUGACGUUACGCAAGGAGACGACAAGGAGAACUGGGUUGGCGUUGACGUUGUGCAUCGUAGAACGGACCGUUCUGGAGGCUUGGGGUUUGGGCCCUCGGUGCCGAUGGGCAAAGAAGUCGGAAACUCCAUGUACGCCACUGCUACUCCGGAGAAGAAUCAAAACAAGGACUCUAAAGACAAGACUCGUCAUCCGCUCGCCUUAGAUGUUAUGUCGCCUACGAUGUCUCAAAAACGUAGUAACUUCUCCCUCAUCGGCUCUCCUACUCUCAUGUCUCCGCCCUCGACAAGUAUAGGUUCACCGGUUGUUGGCGAAUUCAAGGGCUGGUUCUCCAACUUGUUCCAUUGGAAAAUUCAGUCUUACACUCUCUAUUCGGUCGAUGACCCGGUCGCCACUCGCAACGAAUGUGCUCGUCUACUCGAAUCCGUUGGUGUCGUGAUUGCUCUUGAGGACAACCAGACUGCGACUACGCUGAAAUGCCGUGUUGAUGAUGUCUAUGACGGAAACUCUUUGGUCCAAAAGCAACUUCGCUUCCGUGUCGAAAUACAGUCCAACCCUGCCGGGCUCUCUUCUGCCAACCCAAUGUCACCCACAAUGAACUCAUUUGCUACCGCAAUUCCUAUGCGCAGUAGACCUAACGUGGAUAAAUUGAACGGGUUCGAGACUGUGUUGACAUUCCAUUUGGAGAAGGGCGCAGUGUCAACUUUCAAGUUGCUAUACCAGCAUGUCAAGCUUGAAUGGAGGCUGGGUGGCUUGCAGUCGCCUAGGACUGUAGUCAUGGGAGGAUAUGCUUCGGGUAUGGAGCAACGUUUGGCUAUUUGAUGUAACAUUUCUAGAGGUGAACGGAGGAUGUAGCUGGUUUCUUCCCCGUGGACUAUCCAUCGUCAUCUAUUCCUACAUGUAUCUCUUUGUAAAACACACACACUACAUAAUCACUAUUUUCUACGCACCAUGCAUUGCAACAGACUCGGAGAAAUCGCAACCUACAGAGGAUCAUAGGGCCUAGGUAUUGCCC